AUGAAGCCAGUCAUCUACUUUUCCCUCCUUCUCGUGGCGCUGGGCGACCUCGCGUUUGCCCGACCGGCCAACCUCGAGACUAGACAAAAGCAUGGUCGGGAUUCGCUCCCCUCGGUUCAAGUGUCCAGCAAGCAGGCACGCUCUGCUCCCGUCUGGAAUGCCCAUCUAGGUCGUCGAGAAGUGCCACAAGAACACUCGCACGAGAAAUUCCUCACCACCGUCCGAACGUUCCUGCAGAUGGACAACCCGGACGGCAUUGUCGAUCCUGUCUUUGGGCUAUUGGGAAAUGCUGCCGCAUCUGCAGGCCAAGGCAAAAUAUCCAACACGGAUUGUCUUCAACAAGCCACAGCUGAUCGUGCAUUUACCAAUGCCAAAGCAGCCGGCAAUGUGGAUGGCAUGACGGCCGCCUUGAUCUACCGAGCUCUCGAGCGCAACACCGGAGCCGUGGGACAGGCUUCUGUUGCUUGCACGGCCAUCCAGGCCGUCAACCCGGAGAUUGCUGCUAUUUCUCAACACCAGGACCCGGCUUCCGCCGGUGCAGCCGAUACCAAUAAGAACAUUGCUCUCAACCUUGCAGUACAGAUUGCGAAUAUCGGCGGAAACCCCGUCGAAGCUCUUCAGUCUGGCACAUUUGCUGCCGGCCAGAUCGGCGACCCUACCGCAAAGGGAAACAGCUGCGACGACCAAAAUGACCCUGAAGGUUGCAUUUUCACUCAGAACCUCCUGGUAGAAGACGCCACGGAGGAUGAGAUCGCCUCUGUAGUGGCUGCUUCUGCCUCGGUCACGGCUCCAGCGUCUGCGACGGUCUCCGCUGUGGCUGAAUGUACAGUCCCUUCUGCUGCUGCGUCCAACUCGAGCGCAGCUACCACUACCACCGCCAUGGCCGCUGCCAGCACUACUGCGGCUGUAACUGCGACGGCGACCGCGGCUGCUAUGUCAGGAUCCUCGAACCUAGAUCUGGGCUCAUGUCCUGAUCCCACUAUCGUGUUUGCCGACGGCUUCGACGGGCGGAAGGAGAAAUCCUUCGAGCCAAACGACACAACGGCUUUCACGCAUGGCUCCGCCCUGAACAUCAAGGUCAUCACCGACUUCAUUUGUCAACAACUUGAUGUUAAAUGCAAAGCAUCCCAGGAAGCUAUUGACGCAUGUAACACCGGCGCAGCUGCGGCACAGGGUCAGACUGGGCAGGCAGCUGCGGAUGCUUUCAACGCCGCAUUGGGGUUCUAG